GAGAUACCGAGAAACGCGGGCGAGCUUGCAAGACACCGAUGAAGUGCGAGAGCCGAACACCACCAUAAUGUGACUUGAUUGAUUUGAUUAUGCCUCAAUCAAGACAAAUGACAUAGGCUUGCUACAAUGUCUCGUAAUUAUUCGAUUGUCCAGCUGUUUCCUGACAGCCCAGGACACCAGUGUGGCUACUGCAAGUCUAAAAAAGGAUUUAUAGCUCAAGGUAUGUGGGCGCACGCGCUCGAUGUGCAGGAGUACCAGGCACUGCUGGACCGCGGCUGGAGGCGCAGCGGCUGUUACUGCUACAAGCCGGUCAUGCACGAGAUCUGCUGUCCGCCCUACACCAUUAGAUGUGAUGCUCUUGGGGUUAGGCUGACCAAGUCUCAGAAAAAGAUUGCCAAACGAAUGCGCAGUUUUCUUCGCAACGGCAGCGCCAAGCUAAAUCAACAAGAGAUGUCAGCUGGCGACGAUACUAUGGAUGGCAGUGUGGAGCACGGUCAUGUCGACCUGGAAAUUGAUGCCGAAACACUGGAGAAGAUGGCGUCCAGGGCCAGUGGCGACCUGCCCCAGGGCGCUGCGCUGCUCAACGGCGACCUGACAGAUUCACCCCGGACGAAAGCAGAGGGGCUGUCGGACAUGACGUCCUCAGAAACCGGCGAGUCGGCUGGGCAGACGACAGCCACCACCAAGUCAUCGGAGCGGCCUGCGUCAUCGGCGUCGCAGACGUCGGUCCAGCCAGGCGAGGGCAUGGAUCCAUCCCGGCCGCCCUGUAAGAAGCAGAAGGCCCUGCGCCGGGAGCGCUGGCGGAAGAAGCACGGUGACGCGCCGCUGCCGGCCGCCGGCGCGGGCGGCGGCGGCGCGCCCACUCCGCUGGAGGAGCUGCUCAAACCGCCCGAGGACGCCAAACACACGCUGGAGCUGCGGCUGGUGUCCACGGCCCCGUCCAACCGCGAGUUCGCCUCCACCAAGGCGGCCAGCUACCAGGUGUACAAGCAGUACCAGAUGGCCGUCCACGGGGACACCGAGGACAAGUGCUGCAUGCGCACUUUCGAGCGCUUCCUCUGCGCCACCCCGCUCAAGGGGGCACCACCGUACGGCGCCUACCACCACCAGUACUGGCUGGACGGGGAGCUGAUCGCCGUCGGAGUCCUGGACGUGCUGCCCUCCUGCGUAUCGUCCAAGUACUUCUACUACCUGCCCCGCUUCGGCUUCCUCUCGCUGGGAACGUACAGCAGCCUCAGGGAGCUCGAGCUGACUCGCCAGCUGCAGCGCAGCCGACCAGAGCUGCGCUACUACUACAUGGGAUACUACAUCCACACGUGCCCCAAGAUGCGCUACAAGGGCCGGCUCGGCCCGUCCGACCUGCUCUGCCCGGAGACGUACACCUGGCACCCUCUGUCCGCCUGCGAGCCGCUGCUCGACAAACACAAGUACUCCCGGUUCGCGCCGGCCGGGCCGCCGCUGCCGGCGCCCGACCUGAGCGCGGCGCUGGUGCUGUACGACGGACAGCCGAUGCGCUACCGGCGCUACCAGCAGCUGCGCGGCGCCAGCGACCAGCAGGAGAUGGGCCAGUACCUGCGGCUCGUCGGACCAGCCGUCGCCUCGCAGACACUGGUGUUCAGGGAGUGAGGUGGGCGGCCGGGCGCGUGGUAAGUCUCCAUGCCCCGCAUAGGGAAAUAGUGCAAGCGUGACACCCACUCCUGAAUUUUAGAUUAAAGUGUGGUCACGAUCCGCCAUCGGUACAUUAGUUAUAUUAUCCCCCUCUCCCACUUCUCCAAUAAAUGAGGGUGAUUGGCCUCUCCAUACAGAUAAUUCGUCAUAACUCUAGAAUGGAGCGAUGAACUUGAAUCUUCCUGUAACUUCAACAUAUUCAGCGAUUAACGUGAAUCUUCCCGUAAUUUCUACAUAAAUUUCGCAUUGUUAUGGAUUUCGCUUGAUUUUGUCUAAAAUUUUCUCAGUUAUUACUGAUUCUCAGAUGGCUGUCGGUUUGCUAAAAUUAUUAUUUUUGUCCUCCGAAAUCGAGUUUGCAUCAAGUCUGAAACAUCUCCUUAAAUGUCUUCACUUUUCAGUCAGUAACUGGUCAAAUUUGGUGGUAUAAUCAACACUGCGAUCACGACAGCCCUAAUUGUAAAGAAAUUAGGUACAUUCGUUUCCACAAAAGUUAUAUAGGAAAACUGCAAAUUUUCAUCCAUAUCGGACAAUGAUGAUGUCCAUAUGCCCACAGUGCCCGUUCUUUGGAUCUGCCAGUGCGUGUUCUCAAAAGUCAAAUUUUAUUAAAAGUAGUGUUUUUAAUGUUUAUCUCGGUGAGACGAGACCUUUCCAACGUUCUUUGCGCAUCUCGCUGCAAUGCUGAGUUUUGGAGAUAAUAUGCGGGGUGCUAAACGUCCCUCCUGAAACAAUGGCAGUCGGCCGAAGGCCCAGCCAAGCCGUGCGGGUCAACUUUUGAUACCACCGCAACUAGGUACCACUGACGACUGCCGGAAGCGCGUUAGUCUAAUCGUGAGUUGUUUUCAAGGCAGGAAUUGGGUUCACUGGCUGCGCAGUCCGGAACGUGCCGGUAGUUUUGUUUUGACACCUUGCGUUUUUGGUGUGGCAUUCACGUGCCUGUGAUGUUGUGAUGCGUCUGCCGGCGGGGUGCAGCGUUACGCGGCGGCUAUACUGGCAGGAGAGGAUCAGCCAAAUGGGGCCGCCUGGUGACUGAUCUGAGUGCGACUGGCUGUGGCGGCAGCCUUACUUACAAAUGAUGUGCAGAUAUCUUACAUCUAUCAUGUGUGGGCUCUUUUGUUUUCCAGAGAUCUUUGCACCUAAUAUAGGUAUACAGCCUUUAUUUUAUGAAAGUCGCUCUGGUAAUUAGAUUUAUGAUUGUCUCGAAAAAUUGAAACGCGUUCAACGCUGUUGUUACGUCAUUAGAUAUGUCCUGUGUGGCUUACAGUUUUGUGCUGUAGUAGUCUGAUUGCUUUGUUGUAUAUUUCCGUAUUUCUCAUCAGACUAUAUUAUCUGCCUUAGCAAGGCACACCUACUAUAGGUAUCCAUCACCAGUUUCAGAUUAACCUACGAUACUAACUACUUACCGCCGGUGGGAGCCGGCUGUAGCGAGGCGCCGCUGUGCGUCUGCGCGUGUGUAUGUGUGUGCUGCGGUCAGUUGCCUGUCGCCCCGCCCUGGGCUAGUGGUCGGUGACGCCGCCUGUGAUACGGACACUGCCUGCCGGCCGCGGGAGCGAUCACCGGGGAUGGUCGGCCGGACAGGCGAAUGCGGGUCGGUUGCUCAAGGCGGGACGGUCUUCUCAGGCGACGCAGAAAUGAUGUGAGCCGCGGCGCUUAUGGCAUAAUACUGGCCAGGGGACAGCGACGGCUCUAGCGAAACCUUUGCCACACAAUCGACCGGAUUUGUGUUGCAGCUUGCGCUUGGACGGAUUGAUAUUGUUACUGACCAGUUUUAACUUAGAUAUUCAUUUUCAUAUUCGACGUCGCUUGCCUUCUUGGUUGUUGUGAUUCAAAUACAUCUUUAAACGUG